AUGGACCAAGCUUCGCAGAAUGCCCAGCAGCAAGCUAGACAGCAACAACAGCAACAACAGCAGCCUCAGCCAGGCGCUCUCUACGAUGUGCGGAACGGUGGCCACUACGGAGCGAGUGCUGCGCUCGCCGCACAGGGAUUCGCGCCCGUUUCCGACCUUUACACUGGUACCUGGGCAAAUGUCAACCAAGGGCUUCAGGGCACAGCCCGUGAUAUUCUCACUACCUACUGGCAACAUGUGAUCAGUCAUCUGGAAACCGACAACCACGAUUACAAGAUCCACCAGCUUCCCCUCGCGCGUAUCAAAAAGGUCAUGAAGGCGGACCCGGAAGUGAAGAUGAUCUCUGCCGAAGCGCCCAUCCUGUUCGCCAAGGGCUGCGACAUCUUCAUUACUGAGCUGACAAUGCGCGCUUGGAUUCAUGCGGAGGAUAACAAGCGACGCACACUCCAGCGAUCCGAUAUUGCCGCAGCGCUGUCCAAGUCAGACAUGUUCGACUUCUUGAUCGAUAUUGUCCCGCGCGAAGAGGCCACUUCCCACGCGAAGCGAUCCAGUCAGGCUGGCGCCGGUGGGCCAGGUCAGGCUCCAGGCCCAGGUCAGAUGCCGCCGACUCAGCACGGUCUGUCUCAGCACAUGGGUCCCACGGACUACGGUUCUCUAGGCCCACACGGCAUGCCCCAGGAGAAUGAGUAUCGCCAGCAGCAGGCGAUGUAUCCUGGGGCUGUGCAGCAGGAUCCAACUGGCGCGUAUGGCCAGCCACAGCCACAGAUCUUUGAGGGCAUGUAUGCUUAUCAUCAAAUGCCUCCUCAGCAGGUUCGUAAAUCCUGA